UCUGAUUGAUGAAGAUCAAUAAUGGCAGCCCCCAUGAAAAACAUGAUUUCCAAACACUUGUUUGACAAUAAGUUGUCGCUCGAUGAUUUGAUUGCAUAUUUGAAAAGAAUAGAUGAUACACAAUCUUUGCAAAUCACGAAAUUAAACCUAUCGGAAUUAACGGGACAAACGCAUACAUUUCUCCACACGUCCAGUAACAGACUUCGAGGUUUGUUCAUAUUGUCAAGCCUCUUAAGAAACUAUGAUGUGCAGGAGUUAUCUCCCCAUCUGGACACUUGGAUGAAAAUCAUCAUUCAGAUUUUACAGUCCAGAGACCCUGCUCCUGUCCACAAGCUGACCUGUCAUGUCUGUUGUCAACUCAUCAAAAUGUCCAACGAGAUCCAGACGGCCAGGAAAGCCAUGCAGAGUUAUCUCCCUCAGUUGAUCCCUCUUGUCAUAGCAGCAUCACCAGAGUGGAGACGACAAUCCCUGGCUGUACUGAACGCCUGUAUCACACACUAUGGGGGAACCUGUGGACCAUUCAAGAGUAAGAUUGAGGAAGUGGUCACCCAAGAGCUGCAGUGUGUCCCAGUAACCAAGGAGGCGAUGCUGUCAUACUGUCUACUGUCGUGCUGUGGUACCAGUGGUAAUCAGAAGUGUAAGUACACGGAGGGAUGGGGCGCCAGACUCUCCCACCUCCUGUCUGACCUUCACGGCAUCAUUGACCUCAUUACCACUGACGAUGUUUCCAACACAGCUGUCUCGCUGUCAGACCUGGACGCUGAACCCCUACAUGCCGACCACUCUGUGACCUACUUUAGGACACUCAUGCAGUGUCUGCAGAAGAUGCUCAGGAAGGCAUUCAGUGCCCCGAUAAAGCUCCCACUGGAAAAGAUUCUAGAUUUUGUGGACAAAGUUCUGUCUAUGGAUGUCAGUUCAGUGAAGUCCUCAAGUUCCAAAGACUCUCUGUUAUUGGGCUACCUCCCCAUAAUCCAUACGGACGCUAUAGGCAUCAUCAAUGUCCUGUAUGAGGGCUGUAGGAAGUUGAUGUUGCAGUAUAACAAGAAGAUUGUGCGGGUUCUGAGUAGAGAACUGAUGUGGAGUCACUCCAGCUCUUCAGUCACUCAAACCAGGCCUUACAGGGAGCUGAGGGUGGCGGUGUACCGGACCCUCCAGUCCAUGAUGAUGACCACAGGGUGCUUCCUAGAAACUCUGAGGGAGGAGGACAGUGUGCUACAAGUACUAAUGACCGACUGUCGACCAGGGGAACUCACUCUGAAGACUUCUCUAAAACCAUCUCACACCAUGGGGCCAACACCAGCCAAGAAAAUGAAGACCCCAGACAGCAGCGGUGACCUGGGGCGACCCAUCGGUCAUCCCCCCGGGGGAGACAGCGUGGUCACUCAGGGGGCUCUGCAGGCCCUGUAUUGGUGGAUAGUGGCAGGUGGUGUCAAAAUGAAAGGGAAAAACUAUCAGAAAGUGUGUGACUUUGUUAUCACCACGUUGCUAAGCGUGUACAGGAAUCGGUACGACCCUUCGGUUCCAUACAAUGACUGGAGCUGUCGCCUCCAUCUUCUGAGAGUCCUUCAGGCCUGUCUAAUGACCCCACACACCGAAGGAACCUCACCCCUGCAGUGCGCUAUUACAAUAUUUAAAAUGGCUGAACAGGACAAUAAUUUGCAAGUUUCAUCAUUUUGUAUGGAAGCACAGAGACUCUGUGAAAUACUGAUUCACUCGCGAGCUGUUUGCUUAACGACUCCACGAUAUGUGACUCAAGAGAGAACUUCCUCUUCUCCAAUGUUAACUACAGACUUUUCUAAAAUAUCCGAGGAUGAACCAACGGAGCAUCUUCCCAAGAGUCGGGAGCCUGAAGCUGAGACGCAAUUACCAAGCAAUGAUGUUGAAGAGGUUGGAAAUGAAGAUGCAGUAGUUACAGGGGAGAAUGAAGCAGACAGUGAUGUGGAAAUGGAACAGCGAAGGGAGGAGGAGGAGGAUGGGGAAGGUGACCGCGUCACAGACCUGCCCACCUCUCUACAGGAGCCCCCCUGCCAGGAGGCAACUGACCCACAGACAGACUUACAGAAACAGGCCGAGUCCAUCGUGGAGGACUUGCCUGAAACAAGAUUGAGCGUGGCUGAAGGACCGGUAGCAGACUCGGAGGCCACUGACCAUAACUUGGACCCCCAGACAGACAGUGACUGCCCGAAUGUUAGAGGUGAAAUCGAAGUAAAUCGGAGCCCAGCCCCCAGUGGGAGUAGUGACAUUGAUAAAGCCAUGGAGGACUCUAGUCAACCAAAGGACAAUCUUGCACAAAGUUCCUCAUCAUCUUUUGUCAAAGAAAUCAAUAAGCCUCAGGAUGAUGAUCUGAAGGACAUGUUGAUGACGUUUGUGGACGCAGAUCCAGAGUGAAGACCAAUAAUUUACUGUGUCUGAUGAUGCCUUAUGUUCAAAUAAAUAUUGAUAUAUACCAA